AUGAGCGAGGACCUCCGACACUCGCACUCGAGUGUGCCUUCCCGCAGCGAUAGCCGCCAGCGAACCCCUGCCUCACCUUUAGCACAUGUGUCAAGCAGUCCACUGCAGCUGGUGAUCCAACGACUUCAGGGUGAAUGCGAACAACUUCGUGCGGAAAAGCGGGACCUGGAGCGAAAAGUACAGCACGAAACGCUGAAAAGUUCUCGCUACAUGGCCGAAACGAAUGACGUGCAACGGAACCUCAUGGUGGAGAACCAGCGGUUGCAGAGCGAAGUGAGUCACGUGAAGGACAAGCUGCGAGAGUAUGCCGCAACGUUGGAGUUGGCCAACGACCGCCUCAAGCAGGUCGAUGCGAGCGAGCGCCAAUUGUCCCUCCGUUGUGAAGUGCUGGACGACACGGUCCGGGAAUUGGAAGCCAUGACGGCUCGCCAGCGGCAGUCCAUGGACGGCCUCGAAAACGACGUGGAUCGACUCAACGAACUUGUAGCGCACUUGGGCGACGAGCGGGACGAGCUCUUGGAGCGCACUGAAGUCGAUGCGAAGAGAGUGCGGGCGCUUUGGGAAGAGACCAUGCUGCAACACAAGGCGGAAGCAACGUCGUUGGAGCGCGCGGUGGAGCGAGCCAAAAAAGAGGCGCGAGUGUUACAGACCCAACUGACCAAGUGCGGCGCGGAAGCCGGCGACAUGCGAACCAAGCUAAGCCAGGCAUCGGUUGUGGCGUCCCAGGAUACCCAGCGGAUCCAAAAGCUGGAGCUCGAAGUGGUGGCCAUGCGCCAAGAGUUGGGGAAAUCGCAACAACAAACGGUGACCUUGAGCCAAAGUUUGCAAACCGUGGCCCUGCAAGUAGAAGAGCAAGCGUCCAAGCUUCGAUGGACUGAAGCGCAACUGCAUGACAUGACGAAAACGCUGGAGGACACGAAGCGGGAAGCUGCGACAGCGAACGAUGCACUGCAGCAAUCGCUGGAGCAACUCGACGUCCUCAAGACCGAGUUUGCAACGUCUAUGGAAACGUACGAGGGUACGAUCCACGACUUGCGACAUGGGGCUUUGGCCAAGACAAGUCAAGUGGAACAGCUGCGAGUGGCGCUCGACAGCGAAAAGAAGUAUGCGGCGUCCAUCGCGGCGAUGCUGAAAACAUACAUGGGCGACUACCACCGCGUUCUGUCGUCCGUGGAUCAUAAGCUGUCGGAUUUGAAGGAGCAUUGCCAUGUCAACGAGGAUGACUGUGACAACGGCGGCAGAGCGCAGCCAUUGCAGCCAAUUCGACUGCCCAGGCGCGCAACCCCAGCAACGUCCCUCAGUAUCUUUGCCCAUUAGGCAUAUGCGACCCCAAGCUACAUGGACAUGGCGUGCCUGAGGGUUUCCUCUCCAAGGAGCAUGAUAAAUGGCUUAGAAACCUAGUCGGUGAUUGGCUGGAUUUUGAAGACCUCUGUAAAAUAGUAUUUUAUUGGUCCAUCGAAUGUCAGAAUUUGUUCGAGCGGCC